UAUCGAUAUUUGGUGGCGUUAUUUGUUAUGAUUUUGGGUUACAUGGUCUUUACCGGGAAUACCAUGCUGAAAACCCAGAGAAUUGUCCUCGGCAUUAGCAGAUCGUACACUGCCAAGGCGAAAAGGAUUGUGCUGGCGCAGGACAAGACAAAGAUCAAGGAGUAUUCGCCGAAAACGACGGAUAACCAUGAGCACCGAGUCUACGUGUGGGGCUUUCAGGAAACCGGAGCACUCGGCAUUCAAACCAACGUGAAGAAGGCCAAGGAACGCUACACGGAGAUGGUACAUCAUCCCACCCGAUUGCAGUUCUCCAACAACAACGAAAUCACAGACGUUGCUGCCGGGUACGGAUUCACCGCUUACGCCGUAAAGAGAGAUGACGGAGAGACGCUUUUUGGCAGUGGUUUGAACACCGACUCCCAGCUAGGUUUCCAGGUGAAGGGAAAUCCCAACGAUCCAGCCAACCUGGACGUGAUCAUCUAUCCCACAGCCAUUAAACUGCCGAGAGUCCAAGGAGAAACUGAUGAGGACAUGCGUGUGAAGAACAUGUCGGCGGGUAGAGCUCACCUGGUGGUUCUGACCCAGAAUGGAACCAUUUUCACCCUAGGAAACAAUUCCUACGGCCAAUGUGGACGCUCCAUCAUCGAGGAAGAGCGGUACAGCAAAAGUGCCCUGAUCCACAGGAUAUCGCAGGAAGACAUAUGCGGAAAGGAGGAUGAGGUGGUCCAGGUGGAGUGCGGCCAGGAUCACAGCAUGUUCCUGACCAAAAAGGGACGCGUUUACACCUGUGGCUGGGGUGCGGAUGGACAAACAGGACAGGGAAACUACCACACCGCUGGUCAGAUAACCCUCAUUGGAGGAGACAUAGAAAAGGAAAAGAUUGUGAGGCUCAGCUGCUCCUCGGACUGCGUUUUGGCCCUCAACGAGGCGGGCGAUGCCUUUGGCUGGGGCAACUCGGAGUACGGACAGCUAGAUGACUCUGAACUGGCCGAAACCCAAAUAAAUAUUCCAAGAGCUCUCAAACUAACGAAGUCCCUCGGAAAAAUCAAGGAUGUGGCUGCGGGAGGCUCAUUUUGCAUGGCUCUCAAUGACCAGGGUCUCGUGUACACCUGGGGCUUCGGCAUCCUCGGCUUCGGACCCUUCGUGGAGCAAACAUCCAAGCCACAGCAUCUUUUGCCGCCUUUAUUCGGACGCAAUGACUUCAGCAACGAAACCACUGUGGUUUCCAUCGGAUGCGGAGUAUUUCACAUGGGCGCCGUCAACUCGGAUGGAGACCUCUUUAUGUGGGGAAAGAACAGAUUCGGGCAUCUGGGACUGGGUCACAAGAAGGAUCAGUUCUUCCCCUUCAAGACGGCCAUCAAUGGAAAGGUCAUCAAAGUGGCCUACGGAGUGGACCACACCAUUGCCUUGUGCAAGUCGUUCUUCUAGUUUAAG